AUGGGAAAGGAUGUACUCUAUCUUGAGCUAAAGAAUAGAUGUAGCGAGUCAGGAUGUAGCUGUAAAAAAGAUGGUGACUUCAUUGCUGAAGAACAUGCUAACACACCUGGGGGAUAUAAUGAACAUAUCCAUAGACUUAGGAAUAAUGAACCAUUCACGCUCUUCAAUGUAAAAUACAAUGGUGAUAUUGUUAAGGACCCUUAUAAUGCUUAUGGAAUCACAGGAGUAUUGGUGUACUAUGACAAUGAAAAUAGGCCAUAUGUGAUUCAACUCCAAAAACAAGGGAUCAAGGACUACUACGUCAACAAUAGUCCAUCUAAUGGAAUAUAUGGUAACACAUUUUGGGAUAGAGAUAACAGUCUAAGUAACCCUGAAAGACUUAAGGAGAAACUAGAGGAACUAAGCUGUAAGUAUGCUGGUUCGGUUUCGGUGGAUAUCUUCAAAAAGAUAAACAGAAAAAAGUACCGCUGUAGUCUUGAUGUCAACAUAGUAGGAACAAUCUUCACGGAUAAUAUCUAUGAAUUCAAGCAAACUGCUCAAGGCAACAAACCAUUAAAGGUCCAUUCAAUUAAAUACAAUGGUACAGAGAUUCCCAUAAAUAUUCCUCCAGAGGGAGUCAAGGAGAUUUCCACAUUUUAUUGGAAACACCAUCUAGGAAAACCACUCGUUGUAAAAGUUAUAGAUAGCAAUAGUAAGUCAAAAUAUUAUUUUAACCAUGGCAGAGUUGGUUUGCAAUGGCAUGAGAGGCCACUUCAACCUGAUGCUAAACUAGAAGAUGCAGUAGUUGAACAUAACUGUGUACGCAAUAGGACCACUACUAUAGAUUUAUCACAAAAGACUAAUAACAAAACAUACUGUUGUACUAAAAUAUGUAGAUAUGAGAAAGUCAAGGUUAGUAGGCGAUCAUCAGACGCAUUUCCAGGUUUUGUCAUUUAUGAACAUGCUUCAGAUGAUGGACUCCCAUUCACUAUUGGUAGCAUAGUAAAAGAUGGUGCUAAACAGGGUGGUAUUAUGUUUCCCAUCAGGCAUGCUUAUAGCGUUUCUGUUUAUUAUGCAGAGAAAUGUUUGAGUGAACCUAUUUUUCUGGAAAUUUUGUAUGCUAAGGAUGGAUACAGAGAGUAUAAAUGGUACAAGCGCAUCACAAGGAAUGGCUGGGACCACAUAUAUAAUAUACCAAGUACAAAUACUGAGAUCAAUGAAGAUUUAAGAAAUAAUUUCACGAUAGUAGCUACUUUACUUACUAGUGGCUGCAGUCCCAACAGUAUCCCUGAGGAUAAAUUAGCCACUAGGCCGGAGCCAGAACCACGGGAAUCCCCAAAAGAGACACUCGAUGAUCUAAAGCGGAAUACUAAAUUAGGAUUUUCUGUUCCUAUGGGACCAGAUGAUGAUGCAGAAGAGGAAAAGAAGAUUGAAGCAGAAAAACAAAAGGUAUUAGCCGAAGGGAAACAAUAUAUCCAUCCGGACCAUAGGACACUAAAUAGUCUCAAUAAAAAUCCUAGAACGCUUUCUAUAACUCCUGAGAAGCUAGCUCCGAUAGUAACGAAAGUUGUAGAGGAGGUUAAGCAAAAGAUACCAGCUCAACAACUCCAACAAGCUGUUGUUCCAUCACUUCCACCUGUAGCUGCAUUAACCGCUUCUUCCGGAGUUAUCAUAAACAUAAAGGAAAAGCCUGAUGAUGGGAACGGACCUUAUUUAUACCCUGAUGGAUCUGGAGAAGUUAGUCUUACUAAGGUUGAGUAUCCUCAAGGUUCUGGCUUUUAUAGGUUCAAGCAUACCAAGAAGGGAAGCAAUGGACAAGCUUUCCAUGUUAAGAGCGUUCAAUACGGAGGUAGUACAGUUUCAGAUAUAAAACCAAAAAAUGGUGAACCUAUAAAGUCCUAUUCUGUCUGGUACUGGUCCGGAGAUGGUAACAUGAAUAAUCCUUUAUUCAUAGAAAUUGAGAAUAAAAAUGGUACGUAUGAUUAUCAUGAAACUAAGGGAUCUGAUUGGAAUAAGUAUAUUAGAGAUCCUCCUCUAAGCAAUAAUGAACCACUCCCACCUGAUCCCCUUGAACAGAAACUAGAUGACCUUAACUGUCAGCAUAAUGGUGCUGUUGUAAUUGAUCUAACGUAUGAUAAAUAUAAGGGAACUCAGAACAGAUAUUGUUGCAGAAGUCAUACUGCUGAUAAGAAAGUCUCUGUUACCGGGAAUAAAGUUGCUAAUACUAUUCCUUACUACAAGCAUCGCAUCGAUCUCCAAACUACGCUCUCUGGCAUUAAGUAUUACUCAAAUGGUAAUACUAACUCUCAAAGAAAAAGAAUAAAACUAGCUGGACAUGGCUUUCCCAUCCCUGGUUCUCUCAGCGUCUACGCAUUCUACUGUUCGGGUAAUGAUCCCAAGCUGAUAUAUAUAAAUCCUACCGGAAAGGAUCAAUAUAAAGGAUGGUACAAGCAAAGAGGUUCUGAUAAUCUAGAAUGGGAGAAAGUAUCGGGAAUAUCCCAAGAUCCAGAUAACAUUAAAAGCUGUAAGGAGGAAAACUUCGAACAACUUGUGAGGGAACUAAACUGCGGCUAUUCACCAUGUCCUAAACCUACUCAACCCUCAUCUCCAGAACAAGAACCGGAACUUAAACUUGAUAGUGAUAGUAAAGCUGAAGUUUAUAAAGGCUCCGAAGUCGACCUUAAACCUAAAUCUAUUCCUGAUGAAAAACUAUUGGAAGCGAUUAGUAAGACUGUCAGUCAUGGACUAGCUGGACUAGGCACAACUCUUCACCUGGUUGGCAAGGUUCUUAAAGCUGCUAAUACUCAAUUUCAAGAAACUCAAUCUAAACUUACUGCUGACCCAUCUAACAAAGCUGAUGCUAAUCCUCAAGAUGGAGCUAUGACUCCUGGAUCUCUUAAACUAGCACAAUAUGUUCUUUCUCCUAUAGGUUCUAAUACUGGUUCAUCUCCCCAAGGUGAAAAUGCCCAAGCUGAAACUGCUGAUGGUGGACAAGUUGCUAGUGGAGUUAAAGCUGGAAUAGGAGUUCCUGAUGGAGCUACUGCUGAAUCUAGUCAACCUGACUCUACUGAAGCUCUUACUGCUCCUCAAGAAGGUGAAACUCCUGCUGCUCAUCAUGUCUCUUCUCCAAACUCUCCUCCUUGGGUUAAACCUACCUCCUAUGUAUUGACUGGAGUUGGUGUUAUAUCUGGCUCUCUUACUGGAUUUGGCUGGUGGAUCUACAAACGUUCUAAAGGAGAUCCUUGGGUUAGACAGAUAUGA